GUCUGCUGGUGCUGGGAGUGUCAGGGAGGAGGACGAGGAAGCCCUAACAGUGUUUACUUAAAGGGGCAGUUAGAGUGAAAACCACUGCGUAACACAAGGAAGGGUAAUUGAAGGUGGUCUAUCAUGGAGGAGUCUGUUAUAAAGCUGUUAGAAACCGGUAAUGACCAAGAUGUGGUGCGGCUGUUGAAGGAGUUUAUAAGGAAGUAUGAGAAACAGUUCACUCCUGUGGGGCUGGAACCACACUGCUGUGACCGUCUAUGGGAUGUCAUCAUGGGGCGCUUAAGUGACACUGGGGCCAGCACCACUCACCAGACUUGUCUCUCGGCCAUAAGAAUUCUGAGUCGAGACAAGUCAUCUCUACAUAGGGUUAUUGACAGUGACAGAUUGGCUGUCAUUGUUCGCCUGGCCGGCCUUGUCCCAGAAGAGGAGGCCCUAGAGCGUCUGAACCAGCAAAUCAAUUAUGACGUUGUGAUAGAAGCCCAGAAGUGCUUAAGUAACCUGGUGUACAACAGCAGCUCCAUUCAGAGGAUGUGCUGCAUCAAUAGCUGUGUCCCGGGACUGAUGUGCCGCCUGAAGACGUUUAGGGACCCAGAAUUGCCACACAUUGUCAAGUACUUUGACAUGCGACUUCUGUUCCUGUUGACUGCGUUCUGUGGAGAUAUCAGACCACAGUUGAGAUCUGAAUACCAUGGCCUCACCUACUUAAUUGAGAUCCUGGACUUGUCGCUGAAAACUGCCCAGGAAGAAAGUGAAAUACAUUCAAUCAAUGGAUACAUACCGUGCCCAGUACUUUUUAAUGAGGAGCAAGCAGAGUUAGUGAAUGAAGUUUUAAAGGUUCUUUACAACCUGGUCCUCCACAUUGAUAAGAACAGUCCAGAUGAGGAAGAGGACAGUCACUGCCUGCGUUUGAUCAGCAUUCUACGCUCCCUACUGCUGGCUUCUUGCCGCUGUCCAGAGAAAACUGAUUCUCUGCACAGCAACACGGUUAAUUUGCUACUGCUAAUGCCACCGAAUAUGUAUGAAGAGCUGCUGUUGAGUAUGCCCCAGGCAAGCAGCGGUGGUCCCACAUCACCACCUAUCCCAGCUGUGGUCACUACACAGCCAACUGCCGGAGCCACAGCUAUGGUUGAGGCUGCCUGCUUCACUAAUGUGCAUGAUCACAUACAGCUACAUGAGCGCUCCUGCGAGUAUGAUGGGAAGGACAUGACAGCUGUUAUCAAACUCUUAGAUUUUCUAGAUUCGAGAUUAAAAGCUCCUGGUCAGUCAUCCAACAAGUCUCUCAUGCCAAUCUUGACCCUCAUGGUGGAGGUGGUGCAGGCCAACCGCACUAUCCGUAAAUUUGUCCGUCUGCGUGUCUUACCCCCGCUGAGGGAUGUGAGCAAAAGACCUGAGGAAGGGCACACAGUAAGGAACAAACUAUGCACCCUCAUGACCUCGCCUCUUCAUGAUCUGAAGCACUUGUCGGCCAACUUUCUCUUCAUACUCUGCAAGGAAAGUGUUGACCGUCUAAUUAAGUACACUGGAUAUGGGAAUGCUGCUGGACUCCUCGCCUCCCGAGGACUGAUGCUCGGUGGAAAUAAACCAUCGGGUUCUUACUCUCCUGACUCUGAGGAUUCGGACACUGAGGAGUAUGAGAGAGUGAGGGAAAUGGUCAACCCAGUAACUGGUCGGUACGAGCCACCUCGGCCUUCACCACUGGAGGGGAUGACUGAAGAACAAAAGGAACAUGAAGCCAUGAAGUUAGUGAAUGUGCUGGACAAACUCACCAGAAACAAUAUAAUCCAGCCAUGCCGUAUUGGUGAUGAUGGGAAACCACACCCAGUGGAGAGCGUCAUGGAGCUUCAAGAAGGUAUGGGUAUUAUGCACCCCCCGGACCACAACAAUGAUGACUCUGACUAGUCACGCUGCCUUCACACUCCUUGAUAGAACAGUGACGUUAGUCUAUAAUUUUAUAUGCGUCGAUUCAAGUCAGUACUGUGUUCAUUAUUUUGCAGUUUUCAUGACAAAACUCCUGACGGGAUGUGUAUCUGUGAGCCAAUGAUGAGAUCAGUGAUGUCUGUUUCUUUCAAUACCUAUAAGAAUUAAGGCAUUGUUUGAGUAUGCUUUUGUUUCCAAUAGGAGAGUUAUAAUGGCUAGGUUAUAUAAAUGAGCUGUCAGCAUUCUUUUAUUUAUGAUAAUUAUGUUCAGUGAGCACACUUUCUGACAUUGGGAGACAAGAUAAUAAUCAUCAUCAAAUACAGUAUAUAUUUUGUUUCUCCUAAAUCCAUUUUCACAUUUUACUUAAAAGUUAUAAUUUCAAGAGUAGAGGAUAGCACUCAAAUAACUCUCAAAUUCAUAUUUCAUACUGUUGUCUUAUUCUCGUGUAAUACAGUGUGUCAGUGACAUUGACAAAAGAUAAAAACUCAUGUGCUUUACAAUCUCAUCUUGGUUAUGUGAAGAUCUUUAAGCAUAUGUUUGUAUUGAGUUCAUAUAUUAUUUUGUUUGCUUUUUGAAAAAAUUGUGUUUGUUCUGCCAAUCACUAUUGUCUGCUGUAAGGACUGAGUGGGUUCUAUUGGUAUUUGGUAUAGUAUUGAGCUAGUUACAAUUAUUCCAGAACCAGAACAAUUAGAGUUUGGUAAGACUUAAAUGAGAAACAGUUAGUUGAUUAUACUAGUGAUAUUUGGUAUAAUAUUGAACAUGUUAGACACUGUACAGAUUAUAUGAGAACAAGAGGUUAGAGGAUUAUGUGAUACUUGGUACAAUAAUGAGUUGAUUAAGGUUAUACUGUAUAAGAAUAAGAAAAGUUUAUACAUCUUAAGUAAGAAAUACAGAUUAUAGAGACAAGCUAAAGGUUGGUUGUGGUUGAGAGAAAGGCACAUUAACCCUCUCGGCCUCCGAGCCUGAGAUACAUACGUGCAUGAAAACUUACGCUCAGCCUCGGAGGUUUAUGCUAAAAAAUCGUUGAAAAAAAAUUGGGGAGGGGGGGGGGAGGGCUCAUUUCACUGCCAUGGAAUUGUUUUAUUAAUUGUAAUGGGGUCUUUUCUAGCUUAAAAUUGUCUGAAAAUUUGUAUGAAACCACAACAAAAUUGAAAAUUCUUGAAAUUUAAGCCACCUUUUUCGAGUAUAAGUUGAAAAGGGAGGAAAUGUUUAGUAACAUCUCGAUUUCUAUUCACAUUUUGCUUGUACAGUGGUCCCUCCACUAACGAGCAGUUCAAUUUAUCAGAUUUCGGUUAAUGAAUUAGCUCCCAUAAGGAUUUUCAUUUCUAUUAACGAGUACAGUACAACUUCUUUUAACGACAGCCUUACGAGAAACACACUUUGGUGUGUGCAUCAGCUGAUCUGCUAGUCCGCCAAUACAGUAAUUGGGUCUUUAUUUGCAUUUGUUUCCAGUGGUGUAAAUAUCGAGAAAGUUGUGCUCUUGAAUAUGUUUGCAUUUUUUAUAUUAAAAUUAUUGGUCAUUCUGAAAUUUAGUUAACAUAUUGAUAAUAUAUACAAUACUGGGUCCAGCUUUUGUGCGCCCAUUAGCUGAUCGAAUCACCCACCAACGCUUCUCAGUUUAACUUUGUUUACAGUGAAGUGAACAUCGAGUUUGUUGGUCUCUUGAAUAUUUUUGCAAUUUUACUUUAAAAUUAUUGGUCAUUC